AUGCGCGACGACGCGCCGUCGAAAGCCCCGCGCGAGGACUACGUCGUCGUCGAUCUCCCGCUCGAGCUCACGGACCUGCCGGGAGACGCGCUGAAGUUUGAGGAUUUGGACACGCGAACGCCCAAGUUGCGCACGAUCGACGGCGCGCGCUACGUCGGACGCUACGAGCUGACGUGCGGCGAGCAGCUCGUCGUCGGUUUCGACGGCGACGACGCGCUCGAGGCGCGGGUGCUGGCGAAGACGGAGCGGCGAUUGAAAUUCACGCCGGCGUAG